AUGCCCGAAAGCCACGUCCAAUCUGCGGACUGGAGGCGGCCUGUCUGGGGUUGUUUGCAGCUGACGGUGAUGGCGUUGGGGUUCGGUUCGAUUCUCCUUAACGCAGUGCUGCUGACGCGGUAUGUGUUGCCUGGGGUGCAGCUCACCGCCGAAGGUGAUGACUCUGCAGCGGAGUUCUCCGGCGCUAUUCAGCGCAAGGGGGACCUCCAUUCUGUUUCCGAAAACAGCAGCAGCAAUAGCAGCAGGUUGAACCCCAAUAUGAUGCAUGGACCCCUCGGCCUGAACCCAGACGGCACCCCAGCCCAUGUUCCCGCGCCUCCCCCACCUCCUGACCUGCACAUGCCCCUGGAGUUGGCACGAGGAGGAGGUUUCAACUUGCAGUUAAGCGAUCAUCUGCCUCUUGACCGCGACGCCCCAGAUUCUCGCCACCCUGCAUGCAGGAAGUUGGAGUACGAUUUGAAGUCUCUUCCCUCUGCCUCUGUAUUGAUGGUUUUUUAUAACGAGCCGUUCUCAACGCUGAUGCGCUCAGUGCACAGUGUAUUAAAUCGAACGCCUCCUUCUCUGCUGCACGAGGUGGUUCUGCUAGACGACGGCAGCGAUGCGCCGGACGUGGCGGCUUCAGGCAACGGGAAGCUGCAGCGUUAUGUAGAUUUGCUGCCGAAGGUGCGGCUGCUGCGGAGUCCGCAGCGGGAGGGGAUCGUAGGGGCUCGUCUUCGAGCAAUUCGAGCAGCAGAAGCUUCUAUUUUUGUUGUUCUAGACAGUCACAUUGAGGUCCAGCCCCAGUGGCUUGAGCCCUUAGUGGCGCGCAUUCAACAGGACCGUCGGCGGAUUGUAAUGCCUCAGGUAGACGGAAUAGAUGCAGAGACACUCGAGCAUAUAGCAGGGGGAAUAGGCUGUAAACUGGGUUUCUUAUGGCAGUUAAUGGAGCAUUCGUAUGAGCCUCAUCAGAUGGAGAGGCUCCCUGAAGAGCAGCGGCGGCACUCACCUACAGACUUCCAGACAUCUCCUGCAAUGGCAGGGGGUUUGUUUGCUGCGGAUAAAGAUUUCUUCUUCUCUAUUGGAGCCUAUGAUGAAGGCUUCAAGUACUGGGGCACGGAGAAUCUUGAGUUCAGCUUCCGCCUCUGGCAGUGCGGGGGCAUACUUGAGUGCGCCCCGUGCAGCCGCGUAUACCACAUAUUCAGAAAGGGGGGAGCGGGAUACAGCUUCCCUUCUAAAGCCCUUGUUUCUAACAAAAUGAGAACUUUACUCUGGAUGGAUGAAUAUGCUGACUUAGCCUGGCGCGUACUCGGGAGGCCCCAAGUAGACUUCGGGGUAGAGUCCCUUGAACGAAGAAGACAGUGGAGAAAAACGCACAACUGCAAAAGCUUCAAGUGGUUUAUGGAAAACGUUUUUCCAGAAGGAGACGUUGUACACCUCUCAGAUGUCCCUUACUUAGGUCAGCUUGAAAACAGCGGAUCGGGUUUAUGUUUGGAUACCGUUACCCGCGGUUCUCCUGGGGGCCGUCCGGCCUUAAAACAAUGCGCCCCUGGGCAUGCGACGCAGGAGUUUAUGUACUUUAGGAAAAUAGGACAUGUGAUGCCUGUGCACAACGAUGAGGCCUGCUUGACUCCCCGAGGCGACUGGGAAUGGUGCAGGGCAACGGACCCCAUGUGGUGGGACUAUGAAGACGGAAUGUUAAGGAAUCGGCUAUUGAGAGAAUGCCUGGCAGUUAAGGGGAACCAGCUAGUGAUGGGUGUCUGCGACCCCGAAGAUGCCUUUCAGCUUACAGUGGAAAUACAAACCACAGAGCGCAUGCAUCUACCCGUUAAGACAAUGCGGGCGUAA